AUGAGCCGGAUUGAUAAAGAGAAAAAUAGCAAAAUGGCUGGCAGGAUUCCACACCCCACACUGAAGGGACCGAGCGUCGUGAAGGAGAUAGUCAUCGGGAUGGCGCUCGGCUUGGUCGCGGGUGGCUUUUGGAAGAUGCAUCACUGGAACGAGCAGAGGAAAGUAAGGGCAUUCUACGACAUGCUUGAGAAGGGCGAAAUCAGUGUCGUCGCCGAAGAAUAGGAGUCAUCCGUGAUGGCUCAAUUUGUCUGUUGGUUUUGCUAAGAAGUGCUGAUUGUUAGCGUUCACCGUUUUUCCGAUUCCUAUGCCUCCGUAGGGUUGAGGAGAGCAACCUUGCCUCAAAGAUACGGAAAUAAAGUGUUUGCCGUUUUGUGAUACAAUGUGGGUUCAUUAUCGUUUACUAGUUCAACCUGUAUUUACUUCAUCUGGGUUGGAUUGAAUCGUGGAUUGUUG